GUUGUUCAGCAUCUGCACGCAGUGGUUGACGUCAGUGAGAAAAAAGACCGAUUCGAAAGUGCGGCGAAGGAGGUGCCGUGGUGGAUGCAGAAACUGUUGUCCUUUGUCAAGCCGCAGGUGGAUGAGUUCAGCGACGUUACACACAUUAAUGUGCACAUGUUUAUCGCAAAG